ACAACCAAUUGUUGUUAUUGUUGUUUUGUGUGUAUAUAUAUGUGUGUGUGUGUGUUUUUCGUUCAUUUGUUAUUGUGGCUGUACAUCGUGUCGUUGUUGAUGUUUAUGCCGAUGUCGUAGUAGUUCGUUGUCGUUAUACAUUGCCUGGCGCAUUGCUGUUGUUGUCGUCGUCAUCAUCAUCGUGUCGUCGUGUUGUAAUUCCCAUUUGUUGUACAACUUUGUAGUUGCUCAUGUUGGAAAUUCAUGUUAGUCUACUUUUGACUGUUACGCAGAUUGUUUGCAUCGUCGUGCCGUGUCGCUCGCAUAUGCUCGCACGUUCGCUCCGCCGUCGUACGCCGUCGAACGAAAUGUCAGUUGAUGGUUAGCCAGUGCCUGCCGUUUGCUACGAUUUCAUACUACACGGGUAGUUAGUAUGCUCGCCCACUGGCCUGCCGCCGUCAAUCAGUGCUGUCAGUAGGUCUCAUCAUACACUAACUACUAGCUUGUGUUUAGCCAAUUCGCGUUCGCAAUGGCAGCUUAACGGAAUCUUCAAUUAAUUUUUGUGCUACCAAAAGGUGUAAACUGUAAAAUUUUUUAAACUAAAUUAGUUUUCGGUGUAGUACAUGUGAUUUUUAGGCGUAAAACGAAAAAUUACUCAAAAAGUAUAAACUCGACUUUGUAACGUAGAAGAAACAGCAAAUCGUGUGUGUGCCAGAAAACUAGAAAAUUGCGUCGGCAAAAGUGCGAAGAGAAAAAUUUCAAGGUGUGCAAAAAACAAAAAAAUUAGCGCCGGUAGCUUUAACUGCUUUAAUAUGGAUUUAUGUACAAAUGUGUGUAUAUAUUAUUAUUUGGAUUAAUUGGAAAGUGCACAAAAUAAAAUAAAUUUAAAUAAACCAGAAAAAAAUUGUUACUCUCACAAAAUAAGCGUAAAGCGGAGCCGGUGAUUACCCGCUUUGUUAUGCAAAUCGUGUAAGCUGUGGCAUUUAUUGCAGUUCUACUAAGGAACAAAAAAUAAGCGUGUGAAACGAAUGCAAGCAACAAAUUUCAUUAAUUAAAUAAUUGUUGCGGUUUAGCGUGUGCGCCUGCAUAGUUAAUUUAAAUAAUAUUGGUUUUUUAUUAUUUUCGCCAAAUCAUAACAUUAAAUGACAGUGCACAGUAAUGACAUCGGUGUGUGUUUAGUAAUGAACGCCGUUUCAACUCGACCGACUACAUCGCCCACAGCCGCCACCGCACAACCCAUCGCGCCGAUCCAACAACACCCCACCAACCUUAGCACCAACGCAACGCACACCGUAGCCGCUGCCAACGCGCCGCAACCCACACUCACCGCUUCGGUUGCGUCCGCUGUUGCCGCUGCUGCCGCCGCCGCCGCUGCUGCUGCAGCAGCUGCAGCUGGCGCUGUGCCACCACCAACAAAUACCAGCAUAAACAACAACAACAACAAUAGUCAUAUUAACAGCAACGUCGUGCCUUUCACAAAGGGCAAUACGUCCACAUUAGCAACGCCGCUAACUAUCACAUCCGCCGCCGCCGCUGCUGCAGCUGCUGCUGCUGCCGCCGCUCAACAUCAUCAUAACAACAGCGCCAACGGUAAUCCAAUGGCCGUAACAUCGACAGUACCGCCGGGCGCACGCUCCAUAUCGCCAUGUUCAACGGCUGCCACACCAUAUGGCAGUAGUAGUAUACCCGGUGGCGCUAGUCUCAGCGCGGGUGGACCAGGUAGUGGUGUAACGGUUUCGGUUAUAGGUCCACCGGGUAGUGGGCCGCCUGGCCUGCCGCCAGGUUUGGUUGGUGGUCCGCCGGGUGCGCCUGGUGCUGGCGGUGUACCACCACCGCCGGGUACGCCAGGCUCAAAUCGUUGCUGUGAUACUGGACGCACAAUCUAUACGGAUCCCGUUAGCGGUCAAACGCUGUGCUCAUGUCAAUAUGAUAUGCUCAGCUACCAGCGUUUGGCGGCCGCCGGCGGACUUGUCACGGGACCGGGUGGUGUGCCAAUAGGUGUCUAUCCGGAGGGCAUGUCUGCGUAUCUAUCGGGCAUAGCGACUGAGCAGCCGCCUUUUUAUGCGAAUCCGACGGGUUUGGAUCUGAAAGAGAAUUUGGUAGCUAGCGGUGCGCCAUGGCCUUAUCCAUCGGUGUAUCAUCCCUACGAUGCAGCGUUCGGCUAUCCAUUUAAUAGCUAUGGUGUCGAUUUGAAUGGAGCGCGUCGCAAGAAUGCCACCCGCGAGACCACCUCAACAUUGAAGGCCUGGUUGAAUGAACACAAAAAGAACCCUUACCCCACGAAAGGGGAGAAAAUUAUGUUGGCAAUUAUAACGAAAAUGACGUUGACGCAGGUGUCGACAUGGUUCGCGAAUGCGAGAAGAAGACUGAAAAAAGAGAAUAAAAUGACGUGGGAGCCGAGAAAUCGCGUUGACGAUGAUGAUGCAAAUAUCGAUGAUGACGAUCAUAAGAGCACCGAUGAUAAUGAUUUGCUAGAUGCCAAAGACUCUGGUCUGGGCUCGAACGAUGAUAAAGAUCGCUCGAAUCGAUUAGGUGACUUGAGCGACCGUCCCGGUGAGAGUAAUAAUAGCGAAUGGUCUGGUUCGCGUCCCGGCUCACCAAAUGGCUCACCCGACCUUUAUGAUCGUCCCAUGGGCAUGCCUGGCGGCGGUCAUCCACUCUUUCAUCCCGCCGCGUUACAUCACCACUUCCGCCCACCAGCCGGUUCGCCCCCCGACAUCGCCGCCUACCAUCACCAUCAACAACAAUUGUUGCAACAGCAUCAGCAGGCGCAACAGAAUUCUUUACAGGCAGCGAGCGGCGUCGGUGGCGUUGGCAGCGGCAGUACAAGCGCCAGUUUAGCAGCGAAACCACGCAUUUGGUCGCUAGCGGAUAUGGCUUCCAAGGAUGGCAAAGAUUCAGCGGCGAAAGAUAGUCCACCCGGUGGCAUUAGUUUGCCCGGUGCCGGUCUUGGCGAAUUACCACCCACACACCCCGCACUCUAUGGCCAUCCCGCGCAACAUGCCUCACCCGGCAAGAUAUUGUCACCCUUGGCGGCGCGCAUACCAAAUUAUUCACCCUACGUGCGACCCGAUCUGUAUCGUGGUUUCUAUGGACCCGCCGGUCUAACAGGACCCUCUCAGGAAUUUCUCGAGCAUCAGCGAAAUUUCAACGCCAGCUUAGCGGCACACAAUGGACUCAGCAUGAAUCCGUUGCUGUGGAAGGCAGCCGUCACCGGUGGCACGCCAUUCGCGCCACUGAGCCUCACCACCACCGGCAGCCAUCAUGCGCCACAACAUGUGCCACCACCAGCGGGCGCAUCACCAUCAGCCUCUAGCACAUCAUCAUCGAUUGGUUGCGAUGUUGUGCAACCACCUACUUCAAUGAGUCUAUCACACGCACAUCAUAUGGGUCCCAUCUCGGGCAAUUCCACAUCCUCAUCGAACUCCUCCAAUUCGGAUAAAUUAUCGCCGGGCAAACCAUGACAGUUUACCGUGUCAUCAAUGUCGCCGGCGGUAAAUGCUACAACAAACACAACAACAGCACCAACAAUGUUGUCCGGAGUGAAUGCAACGCUGCCGCAGUCAACGACAGCUGCUACGUCGACUUCGAUGUUACUCGUCAGCGCUGCAACGCCUGCACUCACACACACACAUACCCAUACGCAUACGCACACCCUGACACAUGUGAUACCAGCAGCAGCAGCAGCCGCAGCAGCAGCUGCUUCGUCGCCAAUGUCCGCCUUUCGUUCCUUGAUCGCCUUUCGCGAACAGCAUAUGCAACAACAAGCGCCAAAAGUGACGUUGCGACCGUAAUUCGUGUAACAGCGUAUGAUCAUUGGGUGAGAAUGGUGAGUAGCAGCAUAUGUCUGCCUAUACAUAUACACACACGUACGCAUACACUUGUGCAGUGUUUGUAGGUGGGCGCAUCGAAAUUGAGAAUUUGUACUAUCGGACAAUAAUUUACAUGUGAUUUGAUAAUUUUUAAUUGAGAGCAAGCGGUGAGUACAGCCCACUUGAAGACGUUUACACCAAAAAAGUAUUUGAUUAGCAGAGCAGAAAAAAAAACUAAAUAUGCAAGUAUAUGAAAAUAUGUAUGUAUGUUAAGUUAACAGCAUUAGACAUUUACGGCAUUUUCAUUGGUCGAACGAACUCUGUUUUGUCUUCGUUUUCGCUGCAAUAUAAAUAAUAUUUGAUGGCAGAAAAUAAACAGCAAACACAUACUUACUUAUAUAAAUAAUUAAUGAAAAAAUAACGUAAAGUAGUACACCGGAGAAAUAAACAAAAUUCAAAGAAAUAAAACUUAUGCAACAGAGCUUAUAGAGAGUAACAGUUAGUAAAAGAAAUUGUAAAAAGCACGAUACACCGAACGAAAAAAUCAUGUAAAGGGAGCACUAUAGUAGCAGUGACGAAAUAUGUUUGUACUAAAAUAAGCUAAUAGCUUUUUUGCAGUGUAAUAGAGAAAACAGAAAAAUUUAAGUAUUCGAGACACAAACUACAGAUCAGUGAGCAAUUAUGCAAUAAAAAUCCAUUUUUUGAUUUGAUUAAUUUUUGCAAGCUGACCGAACACAUAUCAAAGAGCAGUCAAGCAGUGAACAGCGCAGAAAUAAAAAAAAAA